CCUGACGUUGGGAACAUUCCUGAUAAUGCGAAUGUUCCUGAUAUAGAUAGCUUUCCUGAUGUAGGGGAGGUUAAGGAUCAGGAGAUAGAUAAUGAAAGUGAAGAUGAAGGGGAGAGGAGGAAAAGGAGCAGUGGUGCCGAUUGGGAUAAGGGGUCAAAGGGAGCAAACCGCCGCGUCCAGACAGCGGACACGAUCCUCAACAUCCGCGGUGCGUUGCGCGAUGCGAUCGGCGAUGCGGGAGCCGCUCCCGGUCCGCGCGCGUCCUCGCGCGUCGACGCGUUUGUGAUCCGACCGGCCGCGCCAGCGCCGCAGCCGCAAGCGCAGGCUAGACAGGCGCCGAGGGUCCAGCCUUCGACGACCCAGUCAAAACAUCGGGAACUGCUGGUGGAACCACACGCCCGCGCGCGGAUUCCGUGCGAGCUGGCCAACAUCACGGACCUGCGAUGGUACCGAGACAGUGAGCUGGUGAACCUGCCUACAUCCGCGCGAGGUGGCGAAGCGAUGUGGGCGGAGCCGGGCGGCGCGGUUAUAGCACGGGCGACGCGGAGUGACGCGGCUGUGUGGCGCUGUGAAGGAAGAGACGCCAGUGGGAACAAGGUUUCGGGGAAGCCGACGGAGCUACUGGUCUAUGAACCAGUUCGCUCGCUAUACCUGGCCGUGGACGGUCGUCGACUCGACGCAGGCAACACGUGGGUGCCCGUCAGAGACAAGAUGGUGCUGGAAGUACGCUGUGUGGCUGAAGGAGGUGUACCAGCACCUGAGUUGUCGUGGAAGUUGCUAGCACUGGAGCCGGCGCUGGAUCAUAGGCCGUACUUGCGGACCAAGCCUGCUAACUAUUCACGAGAGGGCGUGACGUGGUCCGGGGCGUCAGUGACAGCGGCGCGUGAGUUACACAACGCCAGUCUCCAGUGUGACGCCAAACAACGCCGACCUCCCGCUUCAGACGAAUCCGAAACUCCGCCGGCGAUACAUUCCACUAAACUUGAGAUUCACGUCACUUACCCACCAUCAUUCGUGAUCUCCCGCUGGCCUGGCUUCGGCGUGGCGCUCUGGGCUGGAGGCGCCGCCGCACUACGAUGUGACGUGGACGCGAACCCACCAGCUAGGGCUUGGUGGAGGCGGGACGACGCUCCUCCUGACAGUGCACCUCCGCAAGGUGGCGCCGAGCGUGGGUCUUCAGCGUCACUCCGCUGGCCAGCGCUGUCAGCUCAGCAUGGGGGCUGGUACCGUUGCAGAGCGUCAUGGCUUGACCAGGAGUAUUCUUCCAUUGGCUACUAUUUGAAUGUGCUGUCCCCUGACGAAUCAUCGUCCGUGUCAUCAAGUGCCAACACAGAGGGUCAGAAACCCGAAGAACCCGAGGAGGAAGAGGUUGACCAUCAGAAGGUCGAUGUGCCGUUGGGAGGAAGUGUUCAGCUGCACUGUCCUAAAGGCAGCGUAGGCUGCUGGUGGCGUCGCGUGCUCGGGAAUGCGUCUGAAGGCGCGUGGGCCCCGGCCGGCUCACAUAAUGCACACGGCGUGCUUGGGAUCAAAGAGGCGUUAUACCAGGAAGGAGGCGAGUAUCGUUGCGUCGGAGCGCGCGGUUCGGACCUCGCGCGGUUACAAGAGCUGAAGCGAGUCACGCUGAGGGUCACCGGUGCCGCGACAGCCCGCGCUGUGUCAGCAACAGCGGUAGCUGGUGGUGGCUGGAGGCUCGAGUGCGGGGCUUGCGGCCGAGCGCUGCGAGUCCUAUGGCUGCUACGAGGAAGGGCUGUCCCAGCAGCGUUGACACCAGACCUACCGCAGCACUGCUGGAGAACUGUGCUGCACGUGACUGACCCUGAUGAGGUGUGGUGCGUCGCGGGGGGCGCAGGCGGCGGGGCGGUGGCGGUGUUCCCCCCGCGCGCGCCCGCCCCCGCCCGCCAGACCGUCCGCGCCUUGCACGGCGCUUCUACCGUCUACCACGCCUCUCUCACCCUGCUGAUGAUGGCCGUAGCUCUGCUACUACAAAACUAGAUGACAGUGACACUGGAAGUGUUAGACCUGGAUUGAAUGAUUGUAAGACCUUUUUGAUGAUAAGGAUCGUAUUGAAGAAUUAAUACAGAAAGAUAAACAGAUGGAUAACAAAAUGGUUGCUAAUGAGUAAUGAGGCUACUGUCUAUCACGCCACUCAUUUUACUGAUGAUGGCGAUCGCUUUGCUACUUCACAACUUUAGUAGACCAUGAACGACGUUGCUGCCAGAAAGUGCAAGAUAAAAAUUAAAUUUUAAUCUCCUUUUUUUAUUAUUAGAAUUGGAUUGAAAGGUUAACAAGAGGAGACACACAGAUCACAAAAAACAAAGAUCAGAAACGAAACAAGCGAAGAAAUGUAAUGGACGGAUAGCUAAAUUGCUGCCAAUAACAGUGUAAGAUUUGAAGUAUUUUAAUACAAUAGUUUCCCUAAGAAUUGGAUUGAAGAAGACAGACAGACAGAUGAUAAACUGUUGUUGUAAUAUCUUAUUGAAGAAUUU